AUGAAUUUUGUCUGUUUCUUGUCUAUAUAUAUUCUUGUCAGUCUAACAACGAUUCGUGCGAAAUGGACAGAUACAUUUUCGUCUUUAUAUAGUGGUAUUUCUUCUUCGAUAUCGUAUGUUCCGUGUAAAUUUACGGAGUGUUGUAACGAUGAUUAUAUUUCUCCUAACAUUGAUAAGUUAGAUGAUCUUUUUAAUACAGAAGUUUUUGGGCAACAGAUUGCUCAUCGUGUAAUAAUAAAUGCCUUGCGUGGACACCUAACUUGGUCUGAUCCUCCAAAAGCUUUGGCUAUGAGUUUUCAUGGUCCUCCAGGUACUGGUAAAACAUAUGUAGCCCAAAUGAUUGCUAAAUCGUUUUAUAAACAAGGUCAACAAAGUAACUUUUAUCAUUGCUUCAAUGGUCGUAAUGAUUUUCCAUUGCAACAAGAUGUAGAACUUUACAAGGAAGAAUUACGUAAAGUUAUUACUGAGAGUUUAAAGAAAUGUGAGAGGUCAAUAUUUGUAUUUGAUGAAGUGGAUAAAAUGCCAGAAGGUUUAUUAAAUGUUCUUGUACCAUUCUUGGACUACAACACACGGUUAAAAACAUUGAGACUCUAUGGUACUUCAUUGAAUACAAGGAAAGCUGUUUACAUAUUUUUAUCAAAUACUGGCAGUACACGAAUCAUACAACGUUUACUAGCCCUUUGGGAAAAAGGAGAACAUAGAAGCAAAACUCAACUUGAAGAUUUUGAGCACUUAAUAAGUGUUGGAGCAUUUAAUGAGAAAGGUGGUCUUCAUCACAGCGACACAAUUCAUACCAGUCUCAUAGAUCAUUAUGUGCCUUUUCUGCCACUCGAAGAAGCACAUGUAAAAAAGUGUAUAAACAAAAGUUUCACGAACAGAAAUGUUCUUCCUACUGAGAAUAUGAUACAGGAAGCAUUAUCUUAUGUGAUGUUUGGACCUUCUCCUCAUAAUCUUUAUGCAAUAGCUGGCUGUAAAAGAGUUGAACAAAAAGUAGCUGCUAUUAUAUAUUCUCAAAGAAAACAAACCGAGAAUAACGAAUUAUAG